GGAGACUUCAGAUGAGCGAGGGCGGCUGCUUCCUGGAGACCACAGGUGUAGAAGCGAGCGCUGUGCCCCUAGCGGACUAGCUCCUGAAGCUUGCAGGAUGAAUGUGGGGGUGGCACACAGUGAAGUAAAUCCCAACACUCGAGUGAUGAAUAGCCGGGGCAUCUGGCUGGCCUACAUCAUCUUGGUAGGACUGCUGCAUGUGGUUCUGCUCAGCAUCCCCUUCUUCAGCAUUCCUGUUGUCUGGACCCUGACCAACGUCAUCCACAACUUGGCUAUGUAUGUCUUCCUACAUACGGUGAAAGGGACACCCUUUGAGACCCCUGACCAAGGAAAGGCUCGGCUACUGACACACUGGGAACAGAUGGACUACGGACUCCAAUUUACCUCUUCCCGCAAAUUCCUCAGCAUCUCUCCUAUUGUACUCUACCUCCUAGCCAGCUUCUACACCAAGUAUGAUGCUGCUCACUUCCUCAUCAACACAGCCUCAUUGCUCAGUGUACUGCUGCCUAAGUUGCCCCAAUUCCAUGGGGUUCGUCUCUUUGGCAUCAAUAAAUACUGAGGAAUGGGACUGAGGACAACAUUGGAACAAAAGGCUGUAACAUCUUUCCCUUCUCCAAACUGUCUUCUUUAUCUUGAAAGCCUGAGAACUAUACAACUGUUCCCAACUCCCUGGAACAGAUUGGAAAAUGCGGCUCCCUGGGCCUAGCCCUGCUAGGAGCAGGCUUCUUUGAACUAGGAAAGGCAGAUGAGGUAAGGAACAAAUCACUCUCCUCCACAGGAGGAGGCCAUGUUUGGGCAGCUUGUUUGGUUUUUCCAAGUAUUCCACCCCCACCACCUUCCAGUUCUGUUUUGCUGUGUAUUUUCCUUAUAAUAAAGGUGAAUUUUUUCAGAUAUGGCUACUAUUUGGUCAGCAGGGAGGGUAGGGAGAUGUCCUCAUAAUGCUGGGGAAGAAAGAUGGAACAGUGACUUACUGCACAGACUUCUCUAAGGUAUUUUUUAUCCCCUCUCUCAGUUCAAUAGGAGGUGCCCUUCACUCUCAGCUAACACAGAGAAAGGAUUCUCAAAUGAGAAAAAGGACACCGGCUGUAAGGGCAAAGAAGAGGGAAGAAACAGGUUGCCAGUUAUAUAUUUAUAGAAAGAUAAUCCCCUGGCUUUAAAUAGUUAUAUACAUACAAAUAUGAAUAAACUUAAAAAAAUACAAACCCUCGGAUCGUAAGGGGGCUGCCAGGAGCCCCAUUUAUCCUUCCCCCUCACACAAGGGCAGAGGGCAUGAGUCUGAUUUUUUUAAAUCAUUAGUUUUGGCCAUCCCUGCAGCAACAAGCAUGAAGUUGGGCAGUUACCCACAAGGUGAAAGUCAGAGGAAAAAUUCAGAGUUCCCACUCUCUGAACUCUAUGUAUCUCCUAUAAUUAGGGCUACAUGCUUUCUUGUUCUGUCUUUUAACUAGUAUAUUGGGCUAAAGGAAGGGGGCUCCCUCCUGAAAUGGGUCAAGAGAUAAGAUAGACUUGUAGUUUAAAAAGAGGGAGUAAAGUGUCAUCUGCUAUAGAAGCAAAGUACAAGACAAAGGCAUACAGACCCCAGGGAAAUACCCAACUCCCACACUACUGUGGGAGAUAUUGUCCAGCCCAGGUCCAUGCCCUAGAUUCUUUGCUCUAGCCACCCCCUAUUUCUUUGGUAUUGUCAAAAGAC